AUGAACAAGUGCAUUUCAAACCCUCCUUUCCAAACCCUUUCCAACUCUUCCUGUUCUUUCCUGGGUUCAAUCCCACCAUGUGCUCAUUCCAAAGCUAAAUAACACUUUGAACCUGUAAUAAAACCCUCCCACGCAGUAAAAUUACCCACACAAGAGCGUGCAUGACAGACAGCAUCUAACCCCCCAGCUGAUGGACCAUGUUCUUCCACACUCAGAUCAGCAGGAUGGCGGAGCUGGAAGAGCCGGACCUGGUCCUGGAGGACGGACGAGUGUAUCGCAACCCCACGGAGGUGAAGAUGAGCCAGAUCAUACUUCCCUGCCACGCCAACCAUCGCAAGGAGCUGAGCGUGGGGCAGCUGCUCAAGUGGAUGGACUCCACCGCCUGCCUCUCCGCUGAAAGACACGCGGGAUGUCCCUGUGUCACAGCCUCUGUGGAUGACAUUCACUUUGAGCACACCAUCAGCGUUGGACAAGUGGUUAACAUCAAGGCUAAAGUCAACAGAGCUUUCAACUCAAGCAUGGAGGUGGGGAUAGUGGUGAGCUGUGAGGACCUGUACAGUAACUGCCACUGGAAAGUCUGCCAGGCUUUUGCCACCUUUGUGGCUCGACACACAGGUAAAGACAAGGUUCAGCUGAAGCCGCUGGUCCCUUACACACACCGUGAGAAGGUGGAGUAUAGUGUCGCCGCCGAGAGAAGGAGGAUGAGGCUGUUGCAUGUCGACAUCAUGAAAGAUCUGCUGAGUGACACUACUUUCCAGGCGGGCCUUAGCGAGGGCGUGUGUGAGGGCCAGGAUGAGGAGGAAGAAGUACCGACUGAGAAAACCCGAGUAGAGAGUGUAGAGCUGGCUCUGCCCACACACGCCAACCACCAGGUGAACACGUUCGGAGGCCAGAUCAUGGCGUGGAUGGAAAACGUAGCCACCAUUGCUGCCAGCCGGUUAUGCCACGCCCACCCGACCCUGAGGACUAUAGACAUGUUCCACUUCAGAGGACCAUCUCAAGUCGGAGACCGCGUGAUCCUGAAAGCCAUCGUCAACAACACUUUCAAGAACAGUAUGGAGGUGGGUGUGUGUGCAGAGGCGUAUCAGGGGGAGGAGCCUCUGAGACACAUUAACAGUGCGUUUAUGACAUUUGAGGUGUUGGAUGAGGAGGACAGGCCACGCCCACUACCCCGAAUACGACCCGAACCGCUGGAUGGAAAAAGGAGAUACCAAGAGGCGAUUGCCAGAAAGAAGAUUCGACUCGACAGAAAAUACAUCAUCUCCUGUAAGCAUACUGAAGUGCCCUUGUCUGUCCCCUGGGACCCCAGUAACCAGGUGUAUCUGAGCUACAAUAACGUGUUUGCGCUCAAGAUGUUAGCGGCCAGAAACAACUGGGUUCUCAGUUCUAAGAAGAACAACGUGAGUCUGUACACUCUGGAGGAGAAUCAGAGCCUUUGUGUCAGGGUUGAAUCGGAGGUGAACGUUCCGGCAGCGAGAGCUUUCCUCCUGCUCUCAGAUCUCAGCCGCAGGCCCGAAUGGGAUAAGCACUACAAACAGUGCAAGCUCAUCAUCCCAGUCGAUGACGAUGAUCUGAUCUACCACGUUCUUGCUCCAUCUGUGAGCGAAGGAGGAAAAGAUCAGGAUUUCAUCCUGCUCGCCUCCAGGAGGCCACCGUGUGAUGCUGGGGAUCCAUAUGUUCUUGCUAUACGUUCGGUCACUCUUCCCACACACCCUCCAACGGAGGACAUGAACAGGGGGGAGAUGCUUUGUGCAGGAUUCACCAUUUACGCUGUGUCCGAAAACGUAUCAAAGAUCUCUUACUACAACCAGACCAAUCCGGGCGUGUUGCCGUACAUCGCCACGGACAUCGCCGGACUCUCGUCCAGUUUCUGUUCCAUCUUCUUUUCCUGCAGCCAGUACCUGAUGGACAACAGAGUCGAACCUUCCGUCAUCUCGACCACACCUCUGUAGCGCUCGGUUACUAUCACUGGCCUGUUAAAUUUUUAUACACCAGACUAUAGUUUUUACAAAGAAAACACUAGACUUUGUCAUGUGUAUUUGGGGGAAUAUGUGGGAACGGUUCUAUUUAUGUACAUUAAACAGGUACUAAAAGUUUAAAAUAUUGUAUAGGGUCAUUUUAAAACCUAACAUACCACUUGUACUGCCUUGAUCUUAUGUGAUGGGUUCUAA